AUGGCCCAUUACAAAGUUGCCAACUCGAAGUCGGAGGAAUUCCGGAGGUACCUAGAGAAGUCGGGAGUGCCGGACACGCUCACCAAAGUAUUGGUCGCCUUGUAUGAAGAACCAGAAAAACCCAAUAGUGCCCCGGAUUUUCUAAAGCAUCACCUAGGAGCUGCAACUCCAGAAAAUCCAGAAAUAGAGUCGCUUCGCCUAGAACUGGCAGAGGUGAAAGAAAAAUAUGAAGCUGUAGUAGAAGAAAACAAAAACCUGAAAACAAAGCUUGCUCAGUAUGAACCACUUCAGGAGGAGAAGCGUGCUAAAUAGGAUUCUUCUCAGUUGAACAGGCACUGAAAACUGACUUUGUAUG